AUGAUCAUGGGUGCAAUUAUUCAGAUUGCAGCCUUUAGUACAGCUUGGAUGAUUGUUGGCAGGAGCAUAGCCGGAAUUAGAGAUGCCAUUCUGGAUGAUCAUGAAUAUCGCCAGCUUUUCACUAUCCAAUCGGGUGACAUACAACUUCUCACUGUCUUUAACUUCGCUUUCACUCCAACAGUGUACUUCUUCUAUCCCGAAACUGCGGGACGUACUCUCGAAGACAUCGACCGCUUCUUCACUGGUGACGCACGAUUGCUGGUCUUUAAAGACAAUGAAGCAAUUUCAGAGCAACGACCAGACAAAUUCGUCCAACAUAAGCAUGAGGAAAUUAAGAGAAAUAGUAGUAUUGUGCCCGCGGAUUCCUCUGCGGCGACUGAAGUGCACCAUAGAGCUACUUUGGAGCGCGAGGAGAUGGAGAACGGGAAGAAGGAGAAUUAUGAAGAUGUUUGAG